AAGCAAAAAAACAAGUCAUUUCCAAGCAUCAGAAAGUGGUUGUGAAUGUAGCUAGUUGGAAGAUGGGACGACUGGUAUAAUAAUAACCUACUCACCUCUUUGGAAGAUACUGUAUGUGGGAUAUUUUUCUUUUUGGAAGAUGGUUAAACUGUGUACAUUGGAUUUGAAUAAAAUGUGAAUGUUUCGACAAACGGAACCGUUUUAGGAACUUUGGCGAACGGAUAUUUUUGUGUGGAAAGAAUCUAACUACGGUAUUCCAGUGAAGGAUUAUGGGUAGUUUUAAGGGCCAUGCAUUGCCGGGUAGUUUCUUCCUGAUCGCGGGUCUGUGGUGGGCGGGAAAGUACUCUCUAUGGUACGCCACCCUCAGGAACAAGAGUCUGGGCUCCACCCGGCUGGCCAGCCGAUCCACACAGCGCCGCCUAGAGGUCAUCGAGGGAUCUGUCACCCUCUUCUUCUCCGUGGUUGGGAUGCUGGCGGAGCAGUUUGUAUCAGACGGGCCACGGCUGCACCUGUAUGACUACAGCGAGCAUCACUGGGACAGACUCCAUAACUGGCAGCACUCCACCAUGUAUCUCUUCUUUUGCUUGGCUGGAGCCAUGUCUCUGAUUGUACACACCACCGACGCUGCUCCACUGGCCCUCGACAGACUAAUGUUGGCCAUCGCCUUCUUCAUAGAAGGGUUCUUGUUCCUGUACCACCUCCACGGCAGAGCCAUGCUAGAUGUCCAUGUUCACCAGCUGCUGCUGUUCUGUGUGUUUGGAGAGGCCAUGGUGUCCUUUCUGGAGGUGUUCCACAGAGGGAACAUUCUGCUGGAGCUUCUGAGAGCAUCACUCACCAUCCUGCAGGGGAGCUGGUUCUGGCAGAUUGGCUUUGUCCUGUAUUCCCCCAGCGGUGCAGAGUGGGACCAGAAGGACCAUAACAACAUGAUGUUUAUCACUAUGUGUUACUGCUGGCACCUGGUCUUCAGCCUGCUUAUUGUGUCAGUGCUGUACUGCACCAUCAGCUGUGUGGUACGAUCCAGAUUGAAGAGAACCCCCCCAAUGGAGAUGGGACUGCUGAAACCCAGAGAGAGACAGCAGGAGUCAGAGGACGAGACCCUAUAAGGACAACAACAACUUCCUGUUUGUUUAGCAGUCAAUCAAUCAAUCAAUCAAAUUUAUUUAUAAAGCCCUUUUUACAUCAGCCGAUGUCUCAAAGUGCUAUACAGAAACUCAGCCUAAAACCCCAAACAGCAAGCAAUGCAGGUGUAGAAGCACGGUGGCUAGGAUAAACUCCCUAGAAAGGCAGGAACCUAGGAAGAAACCUAGAGAGGAACCAGGCUCUGAGGGGUGGUCAGU